AUGUCUUCCGACGAGGAAGAAACCUGUGAAGGCUACAUGGGCACGGGAAGUAUUGAUGAAUUCCUUGACAACGGUGAGCGUCAAAAUUCCGAUACACAGGACCCUUAUACACCCAAUCAAGUUCGACGGCCAGUAAACUACAACACUCCCGCCCAACCUCAACGCCAAAUGCCUGCGCACUUGACUACAAUCCCCACACGUGCUUCAGACGCUCGUCAGGAGCCUCCACAAGUGCCCCCAUCUCGCACGCCACCAACUUCUGUUGUCCGCCAAGAGCCGUCAAGUUCUGAGGUUAUCGACAGCCCAGAUCAGGAAAAUGUGCCCCCAGCUCACCAGGAGGAAAAAAGUUCUUCCAUUUCAAACAAUAGCCAGAAAGAUAGCCCAAGCCCAAGAGUUAAAUCAGAGAUCGACGAUGGCUCAUCCACUAAUAGUCAACACCCAGAUGAAACAGGCGCUGCCGUAAUGCCAAGUAUCGAGUCACCAGAGGUCAAAGAUGAGGAAGAGACCCAACCUGCACUUGAUCAUGACAGAAAUCAAGUGAUCUCAGAUGAUAUGCACGAUGCAAGCUCUCAAAUAUCUAAUCUUGCUCCUCCACAACAAGCCGGUAGGCAGCUUCUCUCUAUAUUUGGUUCUCCACGUAACUCCAAUGUUCGCUCCGCCGGGACUUCCAGCAAUAUUCAGACCCCACGAGCAUCACGUCGAGAGGUACAACCAGAAAUAAUUGCAGUUGAAUCUGACUCUGACUCUGACUGCGUGAUUCUGGAUGUCAGACCGGCACGCCCCGGAGAGAAAAGGAUACUCACCAUGAAAGACCAGCAUUCUGUCAUUAAGCAGGAGUUAAGUCCAGGUUCGCCGAACAACCUCAACACCUUAGGAGUUGACAAUACCAGUUCAGACAGAGGCAUGGCUUCUGAUUACGAUCGGGAAUCAAGCCCUACUGAAGAAGAAAUGCUUGCUGCUCAAGCAACGAUUAUUCCACCAGCUACACGCCAAACUCACUUUCAGAAGCCAGACUCUCCUAGACCAGUGAAAGAUAAUAAGAAGAGACGCCGAGAAAGUGUGACUCACUCUGAAGAGCACGCGAAGAUCUAUACUGCUAUGCAGGUCGACGAAGAUGAUGAUAUUUGGAUGCAUGCACGAGGAGAUAACGAGGACGAUUCCCAAGAGGAGUAUGAGAAUCUUCUACUUUUACGAGAUGCCUUGAACAAAGACGCGCAGAGGAAAGGAUCUCUCAGUCUCGAGGAAAGAGGUGAACUGAGCAAGGUCAAUAGCACAAUUGCAAGGAUGGAUCGCCUUAAGACUGCCAAAGCUAGAGGUGACGCGGAUGAUACCGAUGAAGAUAACGAAGACUCGCUGUUUGUCCCCGAGACGCAUCGACAAAGCCCAAGUUUUGUUGAUAAUGGCGAAGGUCCAUCGUCAAGACAAGGUAAUGUCUAUGAGAAUGUGGAUGACGAUGCUGGCCUUGCCAGUAUGCUACAAGAGGAGUUUGACCGCGAUGUCAACGAUGGUCCCUCAGAUAAACGCAAGUCGAAGAAAACACGUCGAGCACCAGCUAAAAACGCUCGAGAAUUCCACACAAGAGAAGCGGAAAAAAGAAUCGAGAAAGAGAGAGCGAAGGCGCAGAAAAAGAAAGCUACUGGUGGUAGUAAGGACGGAAAGGCUGACAAAGUCAAAGCUGGACGCAGUAAAAAAGGCAAGGGCAAGGAAAAGGAGAAGAAAUCAAAAAAAGGUUCUGUAAAGGUCGAUAAAGGCAUAAACGAAGCUCGAUUUAUGCGUCCACGUGGAGGAGAACAGGAUGACAUUGGACAACUUAUUCUCGACGAUCUCUUGAAUUGCAACCCCGUUGGCGAUCGUCUACAGGAUCCAAUCUUCAACGUCGGACCUGAGCCAGAAAUCGACGGCACAACUCGGACCAAAACCUCUCAACUUCAACAACUGUUCGCCAACAUUCCCGAAGGUAGUAGUAAGAGUAAGGGGAAGUCUGAUAAGCAAAGACUCUUGCAAGCCUCUCGCAGUUUUGGUUACGCACAAGUUAAGGCUGUGGGUGGAAAAUGGCUCGUCAAGGGAAUGAAAUCAACAUUGUACCAUCAUCAGUUACUCGGCGCACAGUGGAUGGUGUCAAGAGAGUUGAGUUCUGAGCCACCUCAUGGUGGUUUACUUGCCGAUUCGAUGGGUCUUGGUAAGACAGUUCAGACUUUGGCUUGCAUGGUUGGAAAUCCACCUACGAAGGAAGAUAAGCAGCGGAAUGUGAAAGCAACGUUAAUCGUUGUUCCAUCCUCAGUCAUUAGCCAAUGGUUAGAAGAAAUCGAGAUCCAUGUGAACUGCAAAAAGGUAUUUCCAAAGGUCAUGCAGUACAAGGCCUCAAUGCAUAUUCCCAUGGCGGUCUUGGAGGAUUUGGACAUUGUCAUUGCUUCUUACACGGAAGUUAUGAAACAAUUCCCCUUCCCAGACCGCAAAGGUCGGGAGGACAUUGCUAGGCGUGGUUACAAGAGUUGGUGGAAAACCGCACACGAUCAGCUCGGUGAUCUUCACAAGAUCAACUGGCGCAGAGUCGUUCUUGACGAAGCCCAUGCGAUCAAAAACAACUCCGCCAGAACAAGUUUGGCUUGCCAGAACCUGAAGAGUGUUUAUCGCUGGUGUUUGACGGGCACCCCUCUUCUCAAUAGGCUCGAAGAACUCUUCCCAUACCUUCGAUUUCUCAAAGCUAAUUAUUCAAUGGAUUGGAAUACUUUUCAGCAAUAUUUCUGUGACCCCGACGCCGAUGAUUGUAAUAAUCGUAUCGCUACCCUUCUCAGUUACGCUAUGAUGCGCCGUACUAUGAAGACCACCAUUCUCGGUCGUCCAAUAAUUAUACUCCCUAAGCCGCACCCUGUCAUGCAACAGAUUAAUUUCUCUCGGGAAGAGCGGAUCAUCUAUCGAAUUACCGAGAACCGCUUUCGUGCCAACCUCAAUGUAUUCCUGGCUAACGGUACUGCCCAGCGUGCCUAUGGAGUCUUCUUCGUUCAGCUUCUGCGCCUUAGACAAUGUACCUCUCAUCCAUUUAUGCUUGAACGUACAAUGAAGGAGUCCUGGACCACGGAAGACGUUGAGCUUCUUCGUAAGGAGCUUAGAAACCAUCGUAUACCCAACGUACCCUUUUACGAGCAAUGCAAACUGUGGGUCAGCCAAAGUGAAGAAGAGAGAGAAGCAGCUAUGGCUCGAGGCGAAAAAGGUGCUGAGGCCAUUCCUUUCGGACUUUCUAAUUUCGGUGAAAGUUUCCAUUUUGACAAGGCUUUGGAUUCGCUCAAUGAUGAGGAGCUUUAUACCCGAAUCACCUGCCACCUUUGCUCGGAUGUACCGAAUCAACCCAUCAUUACUACUUGCAAACAUAUCUUCUGCCGGAGCUGUUUGACAAACCACCUUCACUCGCAAAUACAUAUUACCGAGGGAGAUGACACGUAUAAUGUCUGCCCCAAGUGUGACAUCAUUUUUAGCUCUGCCGAACCCUAUAGCGAUCUCGAGAUCCCUGAUGAUGACAAUAUGGACUCUGCCCCUAGCCAGGCUCAAGGAUCGGAAAGCUCAUCUCGUGGUAGUAGUAAGCGUCACAAAUCCUCCAACGAAUCCUCUGGUCGUCCACGCGGACUCAGGAGCAAAGGUAUAGAUGCACUUGGUUUUGAACCCUUUACUAAGGAUAGCAAUUGGGUUACAAAAUCGGACUAUGAUCCGAAUUUUCCACUUAUUCCAAGUGCCAAGACUACGGCAUUGAAGGCUUUGCUUUUGAAGGGAUUUGAGGAAGCUCCGGAUGACAAAGUAGUCAUUUACGUCCAAUUUCGCACGUUGGCUCGUAUCAUCGGCCGCAUGUGCGCAGCCGAAGGCUGGGGAUUCUUGUAUCUUACCGGCGACGCAUCGCUCGAGCAUCGAGGCAAGGCAAUCCGUGAAUUUCGCACUAAUGACGAUAUUCAAAUUCUCAUUGCCGGCCUAAAAUGUGGUGGUCUCGGUCUCAAUUUCCCUUUCGCUAACCGAUGUAUUUCGCUGGACCUCUGGUGGAACCACGCCGUGGAACAGCAAGCUUUCGGUCGUAUCUUCCGCAUUGGCCAGAAUAAGGAGACGUGGAUGACGCGACUUGUGGUGCGCAAUUCGGUCGAUAUGCGAUUAUUAGGGAUGCAAGACUGGAAGCUGCGAGCGUGUGAGAAGGCGAUUGAUGACAAUGGACAGAGUGGUGCUAGUGGGAGUGGAGGGGGAACGUUGAAUUUGUCGCAGUUGGCUAGGUUAUUCGGGUUUUUGAAGACGGAUGAGGAUAAUAAUUUGGUGAGAAUUGAGCCAGAUUAUGAGGAUGAGGGAGAGGAAGAGGAGAACAAUGGUUCGGGAACCUCGUAA